ACUUGAUUGAGAAUCUAUCCGUGGCCCCCACAAGACCGAGGCAAUCGACAAUCUCAAGCAUACAACAUGCCGGCAGCACAACCCUCGAACUUCAAGCGCUUCGUCGAGGUUGGCCGCGUGGUGCUUCUCAAUUCUGGUCCCCAGGCUGGGCAAAUCGCUGUGAUUGCGGAGAUUAUUGACCACAACCGGGCAAUCAUUGACGGCCCAACAACUGGCGUUCCCCGUCAAGCCUUCCCCUACCGUUACGUCACCCUCACGCCGUUCGUCCUCACCAAGCUUCCCCACGCUGCCGGCUCCGGCGUCAUUCGCAAGCAGCUCGAGAAGGAGGGCACCGUCGAGAGGUGGAACAAGUCGUCAUGGGCACAGAAGCGGGCUGCGAUUGAGAAGCGACGAUCGCUCAAUGAUUUCGAGCGAUUCAGCGUUAUGCUGGCGAAGAAGUCGCGGAGAGACACCGUGCGCAAGGCCAUCAAGAAGGCGUCUGCGUGAACGUUUUCUCGGAUGGAGAGUUGAGGCGGUGGUCUCGCAUCCCAUGUGGAGGGCGUUAUGUAUUAGCUGGGAUGCAUUUUCUCUGCGAUUGCGUUCCGUUAUGAUAUUUUUGCAUCGUCGUUUU